AUGGCUCACGCUAGUGAUUAUGAAUUCCGUUUAUUUGCUUAUCCUGACGAGAAUUAUACAUGCCCACCAACAAUUUAUUCAGAAUAUGAAAUUUAUGAUGAUUUUAUAACUCAAGCUAGUAAUAUUAUUAGUUAUGGAGGGACAUUAAUAACAGUUGCAGUAUAUGGUAUUCACUCCCAAUUCGGGUGGCGUAGUACCUUUUUUCUUGACGAUUUUUUUAUCUUAACAUUUUCAUUAUCCCCAAUAAUACCAUUUUAUAUAAUCGGACAACUUAUAAUGAUGUUUAACCGAAAUUUUUAUCUAAAUAAUGCAUUACCAUUUCUCUUUUUAUUAUGGGUGCUUAUUGUUUGGUCAAUCGCAGCUUUAGUAUAUAAAUUUAAUUACCAACAUUCUUUUUUCAGAAAUGUCAAACAAAAGCAUCUUUACAGAUUUAGAGGAAUUUUUUUGUACGUUUUAUUGUUUUUUGUCAUUUCUAUAACGGUACUUGAUAUUUUUGAUGCUCAAGAAUUCGAAUUUUCUCAUUCCUCAUGGGUUAAAUUUAUUGAUAUUAAAUCGUUAAAUUUAGCCGUUGACAUUCUUAAUUUUUCAUUAGUAACUUAUCUAUUUUGGUAUUAUUAUCGUCGUAAACCUGGUGGUGUUCCUCGUCGUGUAUUUUUUAUUACUUUAUUCGUAUCACAGAUUCAAUUAUUUUUUGCGUACGCUUACUUGUGUACUCUUCCAGUUAUUGAUUCUGUGUUUAAUUUUCUUCUUGGUACGGUUUUGUCAAGAACAAUUUCUUCAUUCUUUAGUAAGGAUGAUUUUGCGGAUUUUUUAAUGGGGGUAGAAGAUAAAAAUUCAUCUAUAAUCGAAACAAUUGAAUGCAUCCGAAUGCAAAGUGACGAUGGUGAAGUUUUAAGAGAUUUUGAAACUGUAUCUAUUAAUGAGAGUGAAAAAGAUGAUGGUACAACAAUUGUUACCCCAGUUAAAGUUGGAUUUUUGAAAAAAUUAAUUGCAAUUAUCUUUUUUCUUAAUAUUGAAAAUGGAAAAUUUGUAUAUAAAAUUGAUAAAGUUAAUUAUUUGGGUGCACAUAAUUUGAAUAUAAAGGAAAGCAUAGAUAUUUAUGUUGAACACGGUUUCUUACAAAUAGAAACAGGUCAAAUAAUCUAUGUAGGGAAAAAUAAAAUCAAGAGGUGUAUCAAUUUAACUGAUCACUGGCCACUCAGGAUUGAACAUGGUAGAAUAUUUGUGCAAUCUCCUACUGGAAAAUCUUUUGUUGAUUUGACGGGUCAUAAUUACUUUGAAAUUAAUCGUGGUAAAAUUAUGCACAUGGAAUAUAAUAAUAUUAAAGAAGUUAUUGAUAUAGUUGAUCAUGGUUUAUUGAAAAUCAUAAAAUUAGAUUAUGGUCUUAAGGUAAUUUAUAUGAAAACCCCUCCAGCCACAAAAUUUAUAGAUUUAACUGAACAUGGAUUAUUGAACUAUAUAGUUUAUGGUCAUAGAAAAGGUGAAAUUUUUGAUACUCUAUAA